AUGGCCGACCCCGAGUUCAGCAUCUUGACGCCGAUCGGCAUGCUUGGCUACGGCUAUAGCAUCGAAAAUUUCUGGUACGCGAUCGAGGAGUAUCGUCCUGAGGCAAUCAUUGUCGACAGCGGUUCCACCGACGGCGGUCCUUAUAAGCUCGGUAUGGGGAAAAUGACUUCCAGUCGUAGCUCUUAUGUCCGGGACUUGGAGCCCAUCCUGGCCGCUUGUUUCCACUAUAAAAUCAAAGCCCUUAUAGGUUCAGUAGGGGGCGAUGGCAGUGACAAGCAUGUGGAGGAGAUGCUGGAUAUUGUGACCGAGAUUGCCCACAGGCUUGGGUUCAGCUUCAAAGUUGCUACUAUUACUGCAGGCGUCGACCGCCACCUGGUGAAACAAAGGAUUGCCGCCUCAAAAGUCCACCCUUGUGGCCCUGUUGAAGAUCUUUUACCUGACGUUGUCGAUGGUGCGGUCGAUGUCGUCGCUCAGAUGGGUGCAGAACCUUACAUGGAGGCUCUCAAGAGGGAUCCAGACAUUAUUCUGGGUGGCCGUUCCUACGAUCCUGCACCCUUCGCAGCCUUCUGUCUCUCGAGAAAUGUGUCCCGGGGCGUAGCGUGGCACCUAGGGAAGAUAAUGGAGUGCGGUGCUGCCUGCGCGGUCCCAAAGGGGCAGUCGAUCAUUGCCACCAUACGUCGUGACUCUUUCGACCUUACCCCGGUGGCUCCAGGCGAGAGAUGUACUCCUCUGUCGGUGGCUUCGCACACACUCUACGAAAAGACACGACCAGAUCGUCUUCCUGGUCCAGGAGGAAUAUUAAGUUUAGAUGCUGCCAAGUACAACCAGUUAACGGAGAAGACCACAAGGGUCUCCGGAGCAGAGUUCGUACCGACCCCAUACCAGGUCAAACUGGAAGGUGUAACGCAUCUCGGCUACCGCACAGUCUUCUUCGGCGGUAUUCGGGACCCCAUUUUGACCAGACAGCUCGGGGACUUCCUUGGAAGAGUCCGUUCGUACGUACAGGAACGAUUCUCAGGCCUCGACAAGUCUGACAACUGCCGCCUGAUAUAUCACGUUUAUGGCCAUAACGGUGUGAUGGGGCCCCUCGAGACACAAACAAAAACAGAUGCACAUGAGAUUGCGAUACUCGGUGAAGUUGUUGCUCCUACUCAAGCUCUAGCUUCCACCAUCGCCAACUACGUCAGAACAUGCAUACUUCAUGCUCCGUAUCCCGGCCAGAUGGCCACGACAGGAAACUUUGCCAGUCCCUUAUCACCACAUGAACAAGAAGCUGGUGCCGUGUUCAAAUUCAGCCUUUACCACCUAGUCGACCUCGAGGAAGACAAUCACAGAGGAUCGGAAAGCCACACUGCGGAAUGGCGCAUUAUUUCCAGUUUGUAUGCAUUACAAUGCCGAAGUUUUAUGUCCAGGUUGCUAAAUGUCUCGGUGGUAGCAAAGAAGCAGGCCCCAAAGACAGAUGCUAAGAUGAGCGAGCUUGCUCGCGUAAUCCGAUCAAAAAACGCCGGUCCCUUCGAGCUGACGUUCGACAUCUUGUUUGAUGAAGAUAUUUACCAGAGGGUUCGUGACGCCAAAGUACUGGACAACAAGGUAAUUCAGCGACUGUAUGGCGUCGAAGAGGAGGACAUAAUGGUGAAUAUGUUCUAUGAACCGGCUCUUGCCUGGAAGUGUACCAUCAAGCGACCAUGGGCCCAGGGAAGUAUCGGGGAGAGAGACACGCUCGGAACACAGCAGCACGCGCCAUUGCUGAGCAUAGAAGUGCCAGGCAUCAAGGUUGAACCACCUACUACCAUUGGUACUCGGGACCGUGCUGGAUUCCUUGCCGGGGAUAUUGUUCGCGAGAUAUGGGCGGGAUUACAGCUCCCACAUGGCGCCCUCGAGUCUCUCGAGCUCCCCGGGGAUGAUGGAAAGCCUGCGUUGCCUUCAUCUUUCAAAAUUGGGUCUCUGGCACAAGCCACUAUCGCUGUUUCGGGGCUGGCUGCUUCUCUCAUCCACUCACUGCGGAAAUGCUGCCCCGUUCCAAACGUCACAGUCCCCGCAAUGCAUGCCACAAUCGAAUACAAAUCAGAAAGGCUUUACACCCUCAAUGGAAAACCAGCGCCGGACCCAGAGGGCCAGAUCGGCGGUCUUCACAGGACCUCUGACGGGCAUGUGCGCAUUCACGACUCGUUUCCUCACCACCGGGAUGGCGCUCUUCGGUUACUCGGAUUACCAUUGACUGCAAGUCACGCCGAUGUGUCGGAGAAGACUGCAGAGUGGACAAGCGUGGACCUCGAGUCUGUUGGCCUUGAUUCGCAGCUGGCAAUUUACGCCUUACGCUCCUACACCCAGUGGGACGUACUUCCUCAAGCGAAAGCAGUUGUGGACUUUCCCAUUUCCGUCCUUCAGAUCGCCCCAGGACCGAUUGGAAUCCCACAACACCUGGGUCACGGUGAUGACAAGUGCCUGCGGGGUCUUCGCGUGAUUGAGAUGAGCCGCGCGAUUGCUGCGCCUCUAGCGGGCAAGACACUCGCAGCCCACGGAGCCGACGUAAUAUGGGUAACCUCGCCAAGCUUGCCGGCCUUGCCGGCCAUGGAUAUUGAAUUCGGGCGAGGAAAGCGUACUAUCAAGCUCGAUGUCCGUCGUGAUCACGACUUGCAGAAACUUCUGGACCUUGUCCAAACCUGUGAUGUCUUCAUUCAAGGGUUCCGGCCGGGCACUUUGGCGGCCAAGGCUCUCUCGCAAGACGAGGUUGCGGCCGUGAAUCCCGGGUCUGCAUUUGGACCUGGAGGCCCGUGGUCUAACCGCAGAGGAUUCGACUCACUCGUCCAGACGUGCUCGGGGAUGAAUGUGUCCGAGGCGGAGCAUCGUGGGGCAGGUGAGGCUGCGCGAGACACCCCGUGCCAAGCUUUGGACCACGCCAGUGGAUAUUUCCUGGCCUCGGGGAUUAUGGCUGCGCUAUACCGACGAUUCACAACAGGUGGUACACAUUCGGUGCAUGUGUCCCUGGCCGGAGUGAUGAAAUAUCUUCGGACUCUGGGGCAGUACCCGGGCAGGUCGGGAUUUGAAGCGCCCGAUUUCGAAACAGCAGCGGAUGUGGAAGACUACCUGGAGACACGCAUGAGUGGCUUUGGGGAGCUGAGGGCGGUUCGGCACAGUGUGACUUUGCACGGGUGCUCAACAUCGUGGGAUAUCAUGCCCAGGCCCCUGGGGAGCGACAAGGCGGAAUGGCUUGUGUGAGAAGUGCUGCUGGCUUCUUCGGAUACCGUCCUACAGUUUGCUCCCAAUGCCCUGUCUCUAGGAGAGUCGUCUGGGGCAGGCGCACAAGCACACCCGAAAAAGCCUUGCACUAUCACAUUGAGUUAUCAGCAGGACUUAGCGAAG